UUUUUGUUUGUUGGGGUUCUUGGCUUCAAGAGUAGGAUUGUCGGUCUAGAACCGAAUAGAAGAGUUAAUGAUUUUUCGGUUCUAUUUCGAACAUCCGAAAUUCGGCUCGGUUCUAGAUAUCCGAAAUUCCGGUUCGUUCCGGAUAUACGAAAAUUCUCCAAGAACCAACAACCUUAUUCAAGAGGCAACCCAAAAUUCAUUUUUAGAAUAUUCAACACCAACAACCUUUGGGCCAAUCUUGAAGCAAUUAAACGUGUUGUAA